AUGGAGAGAAGCUCUUACCGAGAUUGCAGGAAUAACAGGCAAGGAUUCAAAAACUUGUUUUGUCAUACUUGGCUAACAUUUUCCUCUGGUGUGGGUGUAUGUUGUGGUGUUAGCGAGGAUGAAGCCGCUAUGAUUGAAGACAUUGUUGGACGUGUUUCAAGACAACUUUUCUCUAUGGAGACAGUAGAUAAUGACGCAAUCCAAGUAUUUAAGAAAGUUGCCUUUAAAGGAAGAGAAGAUCCUCCUUCUGAUGAAUUGUCAGUACGCGCUUGUAACCUUGCACAAUGUCUUCCUGCUGCACUUAAAGCUUUUGGCACAUUUCUCUACGGAAUGAACUCUGUAGAGGAAUGGGAAAAGGCAUUGAGAAGACUCGAGGAAGUUCCUCACCAGAGAAUCAUGGAGAUUCUGAGAACCAGUUAUACUGCUUUGGACAGGAUACAUCGGGUUAUGUUCCUUCAUGUUGCAUGCCUUUUCAAUGGAGAUUCUGUCCGACGUGUAACCUCCCUUGUAGAUGGGGAAUUAGAGAUUAAAGGUUUAGCAGAGAAGUCUCUCAUAGACAUAACAACCGAUGGGUUUAUCAACAUGCAUAGCUUGGUAGAACAAGCAGGAAGAGAAUUUGUGCGUGAAGAAUCAGACUCCACUCCUUGGAGACAGAGAAUUCUAUGGGAACAGGAGCAGAUUAGUUCCGUGCUGCAGAACAACACAGGUACAGCAACGAUCCAAAGUUUGGCACUACACAUGUGUGAGAUGCCUCGUGUGUUGUAUAUUGAGGGAAGGGUUUUCAAAACCAUCGAUCUCAGAUACCUCAAGGUCUUCCAGCAUUUGAAUGAUACAGAAUCCAAGUUGCAGUUCCUUGCAGGUGAAGAUGACCUUCCUAAACAACUUAGGUUGUUACAUUGGGAUUCCUAUCCCUUGCAAACCUUACCUCCCUCGUACUGCGAAAAGCUACAUUAUCUCGUAGAAAUAAAUCUCCGGUUCAGUAAAAUUGAGCGCAUGUGGCGUGGAAACCCGGAACUCCCUAUGUUGAGGAGACUAGAUAUGACUUGUUCUCGUAACCUGUGGGACUUUCCAGGUCUUGCAAAGGCCAAUAAGCUGGAAGAGUUGCUAAUGGAAGGCAGCACAAGCCUGAAGAGACUCCCCAGGACCACGAUCAGUAGCUUGUCUUGCCUGCAAACACUUAACUUAUCCCACUGUGAUGGCUUAAAACACUCCCGGAUCUUUAUAUUUGAAAAGGAGGUCCCUCUAGAAAACUCGUCUAGAAGACGCCGACGACAGAUAUUAUUACAAUUUAGCAUAGAUGAAAAAAAAAUAGGCUCACUUGCAAAUCUUUCCAUCGAUGGGAGUAUAGACAUUAUCUUAUUGCAUUUCAAAGGACAUGAAGAUCACAUCUCCUGCAUAUCCGAGCAGAAAACUCCUGAAGAAAUGAUGAGGAUGCUGGGUGAAGGCGUUCCGUGUAACUCAAGCUUCUUUGAAUUUAAGUUGCUUCACAUCAAGCGGAUAAGUUACAAUGCCUAUCGUCCUUUUGAAUGUGAUACCUUCUCAGGUCUUCCUUUCUUGAUGGAGUUGAAAAUGAUCAACUUAAACAUCAACAAGAUCCCAGACGACAUCGAUCAUUUGCAAUCACUAGAGAAACUAGACCUUAGUGGAAAUGAUUUCAAGAGUCUACCUAAAACUAUGGUGAAGCUUUCAAAGUUGAGAUCUCUCAGGCUUUGUAAUUGCAGCAAUCUUGAGGCAUUACCAGAGCUGACUCAGUUGCAGACACUCAAUCUUUCCAGCUGCUUAAACCUCACAUCACUGCUGGAACUUUCCCAUGAUGAACGUGGUGGCAUAUAUGGUUUGCUAGAGCUUGGGCUUGACAACUGCAGAAAUGUACAAUCCUUAUCAGACCAGCUUUGUAACUUCCCAAGUUUAAUACACUUGGACCUCAGUAGACAUGACUUCGAGACAAUCCCACAAAGCAUCAGGGAGCUUACAUCGUUGGCUACGAUCUGUCUUAAUAACUGCAAGAAACUCACAUCAGUGGAAGAGCUUCCACUAAGCCUCAAGCAUCUCUACGCGCACGGCUGCGUAUCACUUGAUUAUGUCUCCCUUUCCUGGGACAAUUGUAUUGAACAUCUUGACCUUAGCUAUUGCUUGAGACUGAAGCAAGGUGAAUUUCUGUUUGCUCGAAUUCUAAAUGACGGUGUUAGCAGCCGAGCGAUUACACCAAGAUUUGCUUGCUUAGCUGGAGAGGAAGUGCCUAGCUAUCUUGAUAAUCAAGCCCAGGGGACAUCUACAAGGAUCAGCCUACCUUUGAAUAGGUUUACUUCCAAGAUGUUGGGUUUAGCUGCAUGUGUCAUGAUCUCUUGCAAGACGCCCUUCCAUCUCCAGUUUCCGGAGUUUACUUGUAGCUUGAGCUGGGAAGGUGAAGGAGCAAUUCGAAUGAACCUUAAACCAAAUCUAUAUUGUUGUUUGUCGGAACACAAGGGUGUUUCAUUGUCAUUGUCAUUGCAUCACCUGGUUGUCAUCUUCGUCCCAAUUCGCAUAAACACGGACAACUUUGACGAACUGCGCCUCGAAUCACACCUUCAACUUCCAGAAGAGUUUCAAAUUCCACCAGCCGAGAUAAUAGCUUGUGGGGCACGCGUAGUGUUCAGUGACCGGGAAGACCGCCUAAAAAACCCUCAACUCUGGUUUUCUUCGCCCAUAAUACCAUGA